AUGGGCUGUGUGAACCUUUGUUGUCUCACGAACACUCUACCGGUGAUCCCCUAUCAAAAGCUGACGAACUUGCAUUACCUGAGCAAAGGUGGGUUCGGAACCGUGUUCAUGGCACAGCAUUCCGAUUGGCAGACGACCGUUGCCAUCAAGUGCCUGAAAUUGGAUUCUCCUGUUGGCGAAAGGUAUUUUUGUUAAAAUCAUUCUACCAGAUUAAGUAGGACUAUGCCAUUAGAUCUCAUCUGACUAGAAUCAGUCAUUGCCUACUCAAAUUAGAUUUUAAUUUUGAUCUCAUGUAUCCAGAGGCCCCUGUGAUUUCCUUACAGAAUGCUGCUGCUGUCUAAAUUUAGGACUGACAAUGACACUAUGUCAACUAUCAGUAACAGCAACAGUGGUAGAAACCUUGAUUUCUUCUCAUGCAUGCUAGAGGUGAAGUAGGCUAGAUAUUACAAGCCUCUUGGCUAUGUGCCCCUAUGAAUGGGAGACAGUGAAAUAAAUGUAUUUUCUAUCACUCAAAUGUGCUUUCUCUAUACACACGAGGAAGCAAUAUGAAUGUCAAUCCUUGUGACACCAUGACAGUAAUGUCAAAAGGUUAUCUAAUCAUGACUGUGUUCGCAGGGAGAGGAAUUGCCUGCUGAAGGAGGCGGAGGUGCUCCACAAGGCCAGGUUCAACUACAUCAUCCAGAUCUUUGGCGUGUGUAAUGAGGCCGAGUUCUUCUGCAUCGUCACCGAGUACAUGAGCAAUGGCUCUCUGGAUCAGCUGCUUCACGAGGUAGGCCUACAUACACUUAGUAAGAACAGUGUACAUGUAUAAACAAGGGAGUCGGGACUGAGUCACAAGACUCUUGCCAUAUCAGUCUAGGGGGUUACAUUUUUUCUCCAACUGUUUCAAACAGUUAUAGUCUGAGUUCCACACUAUUUUCAAUGAAGAAGCAGCCACUGACAAUUCAGGCUUUGGUAUCAGAUUACUGCUAUGCUGUUACUAUGACAGGAAAUGCAAGUGCUGCAAUGUUGGUACAAUGCUAGCCAUGUAAACACGAACCUCAGCAGCAGCGCUAAAGCUCAUCUGAGGUCGUGCAUAGCCAGCUGUCUAGCCGUAAUCAGGAUAUUUUUGACUAACCUUUACUUGACGAUACUUUCUUUGUUCUCAAUACAGAAUCAUUAUUAAAUUAUAAACGGCUGUGGGACUCCAAAAACCUGCCAGUAUUGUAUAUUAUAAACUGGGUGGUUCGAGCCCUGAAUGCUGAUUGGCUGACAGCCGUGGUAUAUCAGACCGUAAACCACGGGUAUGACAAAACAUUAAUUUUUACUGCUCUAAUUACGUUGGUAACCCGUUUAUAAUAGCAAUAAGGCACCUCAGGGGUUUGUGGUAUAUUGCCAAGGGCUAAGGGCUGUAUCCAGGCACUCUGCGUUGUGGUGCAUAAGAACAGCCCUUAGCCGUGGUAUAUUGGCCAUUUAACACACCCCCUCGUACCUUAUUGCUUAAUAAUAUUGAAUAUUGUGUGAGAAAUUCCUCUUACAUGUGUGUAGAUCUUUGUUUUGGUCGCACUGUGUGACACGCGAGAAGAAACUGAUGUCUGUUCGCGUGGCGUAGCGUUUGUCCGGAGCAAGGACUCUGUGGAGCCAGGCAAGACACCGAUAGCACUGACAUUGUCUCUCUCACGCACCAGUUGAUAAGACACCAUAUUAUCCAUAACAAGACAGGGCAGGCGUGUUAGUAGCUAGAUGAUGAAACCAAUGAUCCAGGGUUGAAAUGUUGGCUGUAGGUUUCGGAACACAACACAUCUGGGAAAUCGCCACAAUACUGCUUCACUUUCUCUUCCUCCCCGUUUGAUCCACUCUCCGAUCUGUAUACACGAUAUCUUUUUCACUCUUUCCCCUUCUCUCCUCCCACACUCUGUAGAAUAACCUUUACCCACUGCUGGCCUGGUCGUUGAGGCUGCGUGUCCUGUACGAGAUAGCUCUGGGGGUCAACUUCCUACACAACAUGACCCCACCCCUCCUGCACCACGACCUCAAGACACAGAACAUUCUGCUGGACGGAGAGUUUCAUGUCAAGGUGUGUCCGUGCGUGUGUCAACCUCAGUCGCACUAAGCUUGGACUCACAUUAUAAAGUCCUCUGAAUCCCUGUUUGCAAAGGCAAUAUGUUACAUUUAUAUUAGAUUUAGUAUGACAGUUUAGUCUUCACGGUUCCAAUUAAACUGUUUGGGCCCACUUUAAAAAGUGGUCAGGAGAGAGGGUUAGAAUAUGAAUCAGCACUCCAUUAUCCAAAGCAACCCUCCUGCAUGAACCACAUUUGAUUUGAAUCUAUCCCUAUUAGGCAACUAGUAUGAAAAUGUGGCUUUUAACGUCUUUUAACUUGGCCCAGAUUUAAUUUGGUUGUGUUUAAACUCCACUUUCCAAUGUCACUGAGAAAUAGCCUAGGCCAGGGGUCUCCAACAGGUCGAUCGUGAGCUACCAGUAGUUCGCAUCCCACUUAUGAGUAGCUUGCCAAGCAAUUCUGAAAGUGAAUGUAUUUUUCACAUGUUCCACUGUAACUGUCGUAUUAAUAAUAAUAAUAUAAUAAUAUGCCAUUUAGCAGACGCUUUUAUCCAAAGCGACUUACAGUCAUGCGUGCAUACAUUUUUUUUUGUGUAUGGGUGGUCCCGGGGAUCGAACCCACUACCUUGGCGUUACAAGCGCCGUGCUCUACCAGCUGAGCUACAGAGGACCACAUCAGACACCGCAAGCUCCCGGCUACUAUUCAAUCAAAUCCACAUUGACAUUGUUGCACCCCUAGUUAGCCACAAUUGGCUUAAAAGGUCAAACGUAACACAAUAUCUGACAAUUCAUUUCUAGCAAUAUUGCCCCUGUAAGUCUGUGUUGUGCGCGCGUUUGUCUAUCAUUCACUUUGUGUAGCCAGUUAGCGAUAAUGAUAACUGUCUUCUGGGUAGACAGAAAGACUUUCCCUCCUCAAUUAAAUGUUAACUGCAAAGUAGGCUUACCUGGCAGAAUUAUAUCAUGCUUAUUUGUAUCAAUCAGGUGGGCUUUUGUUUGCAAACUCUGUCGUGACAUAUGCAGCAGAAAAAACAUUGCUUGACCAGCACAUUCCUCUCUCGCAAAAUGCGCAAUUAAAGGGGAUUACACUCAAAUCUAAAUUUGUUAGUUAUUCUUCCAGCCCUCAAAAAUGGUAUUCUGAUGUGAUUUAAGCAUGACAUGGGCUCAGAAUAUUACAUUUCAUUGUUUCUCUAUGAAUAAUUGUAAUUUUGAGAGUGAAAAGCGAAAUAUCAAGAGUACGGGAGGGCAGCUCCGCUCAGCCCAGUCCAAGCUCUUCUCUGUCCUGGCACCCCAAUGGUGUAACCAGUUUCCCCCUGAUGCUAUGACAGCAGAGUCCAUGCCCAGCUUCUGAAAACGUCUGAAACCCUACCUCUUCAAAGAUCAUCUUUAAAUAAGAAAUCUGUCUUAUUCCCCCCAUAAAAAAGAAAAGCUUACACUUGUCUUUUCCUACCAGCACUGACUUUGUUGAUAACUUCUUUAUUGAGGAAACAUUUACCUAGAGCUACGACUGUGAUAUGGGGUUGUCUCACCUAGCUAUCUUAAGAUGAAUGCACUAACUGUAAGUCGCUCUGGAUAAUAGCGUCUGCUUAAUGACUAAAAUGUCAUGUAAAUGUCUGUACAGAUAGCAGACUUUGGCCUGUCUAAGUGGCGCCAGCUGUCGAUCAGUAAAGGAUCGGGAUCCAAGCCACCUGAGAUGGGGGGCACCAUCAUCUACAUGCCCCCCGAGGAGUAUGAACCAUCCAAGAGCCGCGGUGCAGUCAUCAAACACGACAUCUACAGGUGAGCCUGAAGGCUAAACAGCCAACCAGAACCAGCGUUUGAGUUAUAGGACCUAGCCACGUUGCCAGAUCUGUUUGUGCUUUAGCGAGCAUCUCUGUCAUGUGUAUGGCAUGACAAUGAAAAACCGAGCGCUAGGCUAAAGCGCGAAGUGAUAUGACAUUCAGGCUACCUAGGAAGAAUAUUAACUUUUGUUCAGACCAUUAUCUUGAAGGUGCCUUCAUGAGUCAGCUUGUAAUUUUAAAGCCUGCCCAGAUCUACUCAAUGGAUUUUUUAGGCAGUAAUAUUGACUGACAAUAACUCCCUUGACCAAAGCCUAUGUUGAAACUCAAUUUGAAAUGUGGAUGAAAUUUGAAUAGAAAAGAUGCUUCUCUGGGAGUUGAGCAGUCUUUCUGUGGUGAUCCACCACUUUACAACACACAACUAGAACAUUCCCAGCAUAUAUUUUUAAAGGGAGAGGAGGAGAAGUGUGUCAGCCAGCUAGGGAUUUUUUACUUAACUUUAAGAGAAGUCUCUGUACUUCAAGGCACGUUUAUUACUUAGCCUACGGUAAAUCACACCACAUUCCUCCCAGAGCAAACAGUGAGGUACUUUGUGUUAAGCUUCAAUUUCAUCUCAGUAAUUGUCUGGAGGGAGCUUGCCCUUUCUAGAUGAACACCCCAUUAAAUGAACCCUUUGUUACAUUGAAAAUGUGAAAAAGGAAAUGUAGAAAAGAGAUAUGAUACUAGCCCUUCAACUUCCCCUAACCUCUGAUUUACAUUCACUGGGGCUUUUGGGACAUGAACAGUCAUUGUGUCACUGGAAAAUGUGUUGGUGUAAGACUGAGGAAAUGAAAUUCAUGACAUAGGCUUAGUAUUAUAAGACUUCCUCCCUUCAAGGGAAAUGCCAACUCAUCUAACGUGUGUUUUUCUUGAUGUUCCUGUUUUAGUUACGCUAUCAUUAUGUGGGAGGUGCUGUCCAGGAGGAUACCAUUUGAAGGUAAUUCAUUGUGUCGAUGCUUUCUUUACUGUUAGAAAGCAUUGCAUUUGCAAACAUUAGUACUGUAUAAGAGUUAUGGAUGUUAAUGAUCUCACUGUUGUGGAAGCAUAUAGCUUCAUUCAAAAUUGAUUUAGUCAGCUAUAUGCUUCCAUAAUGUAGAUUAGCCACAUGACCUCACUGUGUUUGUAGUCAGUGAUGUAUACCAAACUAACAUUUCUGGUCUUCUGCAUGCUCGAAGAGAGGAAAAACAAAGACCAAAUAUAGUUGGUGGGAUUUCCAGCCUAAUGUGAUAUUAAGUCUUCAUUCAGAACUAAAACACUGAGUGAGCAUUUGUAUUUCUGUUGUCUGUACAGAGGCAACCAACCCCAUGCAGAUCAUGUUCAGCGUACUGCGUGGGACACGUCCCGACACGGGCCUGGACAGUCUGCCAGGGGACAUCCCCAGCAGGGAGACACUCAUCAACCUCAUGACCUGUGGCUGGACCACGAACCCCGACGAACGGCCCUCCUUUCUCAGUAAGGGACAUAAUAAUAAUAAUAAUAAUAAUAAUAAUAAUAAUAAUAAUAAUAAUAAUAUAUUUAUUUUAUAUAGCGCUUUUCAUCACAAGUAGAAUCUCAGUCGCUUAAAACAAAAAAGGGAGUUCUUGGGCGAUGGUCUUCCACAACUUCAGAUGCUAGGCAGUUCGGAAAAGUAGUGUCUUGAGCGAAGAGAGCAUUGAUGGUGCAGCCAGGCAGGGAGGUAGAGAACAUCUGACAGAUGGGCCCCGGAGCUCUUCAUCGGGCACCUCGUCGUCUUCGACGUUCACAGCUCCUCCUUCAUAGGUAGGCUGGAUCGUCCGCUACCAGAAGUGUAGCACCGACCUGGGUGAUGCUUCGGCGACUAAAAGCAGCAGUAAGACCACCACACCUCGGCAGUAGUCUGGAAAAGCCUCCUAUGAGGCGAGCCUCUGCAUCCCCUCACACCACAGUCCACUUCACUCUAGGAACCGGGGCAGGCCAAAAAGCUGAUGCUGCUGAUCGGGUGUUGCUGCAUCAUUCAAAUCAUAUUAGCUAGCAAGCUCUAACCUUUGACCUCAACUCCUUUGUAAGAGCCAUGACCUCCAACUUUUGACCUCAACUUAUUACCUUAACGUGGGAUGAAGUUGCCCCUAAGACACAGAUCUCAGAUCAGUUUGGCGCUUUCCUACCCCAAAUGGUUAGUUAAGGUUCUGGCUGAUUCUGGACCUGCCCCUCUCACCUUACCUUGUUACUUGGAGCUGAAACCUCCCUUGAUCAACAUGUCUCACGCAGUGUUUCGAAUAGUUAUUCUAUUGACAUCAAUGUGUUAUCUAUGUAGGUGUUGCAAGUAUACAUUUGGCCCUAAAAGCUAUAGAGCCAUAACCGCCGCUCUCUGUCUUGUGCAGUGUGUGUGAAAGAGCUGGAGCCAAUACUGAGGAGGUUUGAUGAAAUUGACAUCCUGGAGGCCGUGCUGGAGGUCAAGAAGUCAAAGGUCAGUCAGUACGAGACUGUACAGUACACAGGUCACAAGGAAAACGUUUGGCCCCCCAACAACCAGGAAAUGAGUUUGAACGAUGCAAAUAGUUUUGCCAAUACAGAGUUGCCAAGUCAUUCAGUAUGGCCUAAGAGCGAAACGAUGCAUGAAAGGUUUAAUUUGACAAAAGGUUUUCGUUGACACCAAAUUUUGAUGUACAUCAGGACCUGACCAGGGUAUGGACGUCCGUGUUCGUGAUAUGGCUUCAAAUGGAGCACUCGACAAUGAAACGGACAAGAGACAAACUGAUGACUGAACAUUUUGGUAGAACAUAAGUCCGCGCACCUGCUUUACUUUAUUCUUCAACAUUAGAGGUGGAAGGAAAUUGGCACACAGUGAUCCAUUUGCAUCUGUUUGUAGCAGCAAAUGUAUCAUCUUCUCUCCUCUUUCUCGUCCCCUCUCUCUCUCUAGCUGAUGAGGAAGGCAGGCUGUUACUCUGCCACACCCAUGGCGUGUGAGAAGAGAAGGGAGGAGGAGAAGUCUUUAAACAUUCUGAAGGACAACCCCAGUCCCUGGCAAGUGAGUAUAAUGACCUCUAAAACAGCACCAUUCACAGGGGAUAAAGUUCUCUGUCACUGCAAUGCAUUUCCGUCAUAUAGAUUCUGGAGAGGUCGUUUUUAAGAUCGGUGUAGAUUUGGAGAUGACACAGCUUAAUGCAGACAGAAUACAAAUGUAUUCUCAAAUACGUGAUUUUCUCUGUUACUCAGUGUGCACUGAACUGACAUGUAUGAUUGUUGCUGACACUCCAACAUCGGACAACCCCAUAGUAGAAUAGUUUACCUAGUCGGCUUGAGGUUGUGUGUUUUAUGCGAGAUAAAUAUUCCUCUCGAGGCGCAUUCAAGUUGCGAGAGCCAUAGGAGGGAAGCGUAUUCUGAAAGCAGUCAAUGCACUACAAUUCCUAAUGCAAUCGCGGGAAAACAUUUUUGAAAGCAGUUUUCUGGGGGAUCCCAGUUUUCCAUUGCUACCACGUUUAUUUCUCUGUUCUUCAAUUGCGUGUGUCAUUGUUUUACAAAUGCAGUUUUACAACCGGAGUUUCCAGCAUGGUUUAAGGUUACUACAAGCUCCGCUCCGUUGAUCUACGUGCGUGCACGUGAGUGGAGUGGGAAUUUGUGGAGUAGCAGGACACCUUUUGGUAACAUGAUAUCCUCACCAGUCCCAUUCACAAGGGGGUGAUAGCAAAGUAUUUUAAUUUUGGUAUUUUCAUUUAGUAAACAACAAGGAAGAGUCCUCUUCCCUUGCUAGUAGUAGCUAGCUGGCAGCCUGGCUAGCUAGCCUUUUUAGCUUCCCACAUCUCCAUGUGAAAUAAUCAGAUUUAUAAUUUAAAAAAAUAUGCCCUGGCAAAUGUUCUUGUACUUGCAGGUGUAACCUAAAACAUUAUCCCAGUUUGAUAUGCUGCUUGUGUAUUGAUUCCCAUUUCAGCUAAAAAUAGAACGUCAUGUUUUGGUCUCAGAGAAAAAGUCACAUGGCUAGCUAGUUGGCUACAGCAGGUUCUACUAUUUCACAAUAGCUAGUUAUUACUUCUAAACAAAAUACCUUUUUGGGUGGAUUCUUGGGUUCGUCUUCUCAUUUGUGGUGAAAGCAAAAGAAGAGUCUCUUGUCUUGUCUACCCUUGCUAGCAAGUUGGCUAAACACUGUAAUCUAGCUAGCCUUUUAGCUUCCUACAUCUCCAUGUGAAAUAAUCAGAUUUAUAAUUAAAUAAUAUGCCCUGAAAAAUGUUAUUAUACUUGCCAGAGUAACCUACAACAUUAUCUUAAUUUGAUAUGCUGCUUCAAUGUAUUCACUCCCAUAUCAGCUAAAAAUAGAAUGUCAUCAUUUUUUGUCAUAGAGAGAAAAAAAGCACAUGGCUGUCUGUUUUAGCGUAGAAUAACGUUAUCACUUCUAAACAAAAUACAUUUGGGGGGGAUUCUAUAAAGCUACAAUGUUUGGUUUAUUGUUUAAACAGUCGCUGAGAUUAUGUUUGGUUAUCAAUGUAAAAUAGGCUACUUUGAUGAAUAGCCAAUAUAGCCUAUAGAUCAGAUCAAGGAACUAAGCAACAACACGGCAGCGGAAGGAAUGAUACGUCUGGUCUCAAUCUCCAGGUAGAAGAAAACUGCGUCGAAUGCCAGAGCGUAUUACAAGGAGUCGCCUCUUUUGUGACGAAAACGAUAUUGCAACACUGCGCUAUGCUCCUUCGGCACCGUCUGUGUAUUCUCUGUAGAUUCCUUUAG